AUGGGGGGUGGGAAGACUGCCAAGUCCGGGACCAAGACUGUGAAGAAUAAGACUGUGGCCGACAAGAAUAAAGUUGUGGCCAAGUGUGUGAAUGCAGGCAAGGUACGUAAGGAGCCUGCGGUGAAGUCUGUGAAGAAGGCCAAGGAGGUCGUGGUCAAGUCUGAUGGCAAGGCGAAGUCUGAGAGCAAGGCGAAGUCUGAGAGCAAGGUGAAGUCUGAGAGCAAGGUGAAGUCUGAGAGCCCACGGACGGCGUUGGAAUUGUUGGGAUAUGAAGUUUUGGACGCCCUUCGACAUUACUUCGAGGUGCAGGACGAGGACGCGCUGGUGAAACAGCGCCGCCAAGUUUUCGUGGAGUUGUUUUUUGACGUGUGUCCAUCGCAGGAGGACACGCGACGACGGAAACUGAGCUUGCCGCAUCCGGUGAAUGUGGGCGAAAGCGCCUGUUUGAUAGUCAAGUCGCCCCAGCGGUUUUGGAAGGACAAGUUGGCGACCGAGCAUGCGGCCGAAGGUAAGUUACCGAUGGUAGCGCGAGUAAUUGAGCUGGACAAGUUAAAAAAGAAGUUUAGCACUCCCGCCCUGCGCAAGGAGCUGCUUCAGACAUACGACACAUUCUAUUGUGACAAGGACCUUAUCGAAAAGGCCAACGUAUUUUUGGGCCAAACUUUCUUCAAGUCAUGGAAGCAACCCAUGAGUGUACGAUUGGAAGAGAACGAACCCAUCCACACCCGGUUCCUCAAUGCGUACGCCCACACCUCAUAUAGAAUCAAGGCAGCGCCGUCCACCGGCGUCAGAGUCGGCUGUCUGGACAGACCGAACGAGGUCUUGAUGGAAAAUGCUGUCUCCGCUAUCCUGGCCAUGAAGGACAAACUUGCCGAGUACGGCACUUGCAUCAAGGCCGUCAAGCUUUCAUCCGGCCCCGUCAGCUUGCAGUUGGUCGAACCUCUCAGAGAGGUCACCACGCCUGACGAUGCCGAGGAAGGUGAUGCCGAGGAAGAUGACCCCUCCACUAACUCUUCUUAG